GAGGUGAAAACUCAUGAAAUAAAAUGAGAAACUUUACCUGUACUAUCACCAUGUCUGGAAAACUAAAUGUCCUAAAAUAAAAUUGGCAGUAAGCAGCAGAACUGGAUUAAAUAUCACUUCAUCUUUUGUUGCAAGCUGUAUAAACAGAGGUGAGAGUUGCUUAACUGGCAGGUGCAGUAGUCAAUUAAAUGUUGCAUAGAGAUCAAAUCAUAAAACUGCAAUAUUUAAAGCUCUUGCUUCACUUUGGUGAAAUCAUGUCUUCAAGGCUGAAAAAAAAAAAGCUGCAGGCCUCCGACUCUUUGGUUGCAGUUUGAACAUGCCCCCCCCCAAUACACAAACACACAAGAAGCAGACUUGCUGCUGUAUUGGUUUCAACAAUACAGUAUGUGGUCGAACCAGUUUUACUUGCAUGUGAGCCUUGUGUAAUCUCCAGCAUAGCCAUCAAUAACUGAACUUCGUUGAUAGUGCAGGUCAAAGGUGUGUGUAUUCCUAGGAAGAGAGGAGAUAAACUUGUUUGUAACAAGACGUUUACAAGGAAACCACAUGACGCGCUGCUGCCCGCAAACCAGGCCUGGAGAGUUGAGAACACGUCACUUUGUGAAGACAAGAGUUGGAGGUGGAGCUUUGUUUUCUUUUUCUUUUUUUUUAAUAAUACAAAUUUAAAUACUUAUGGACUUUAACCCAUGUUAUUUGUGUUGGUUACUCUUUAAUGCGCACUCAGAGUGGGAAGUGGUACACAGGAAUGUGAAAAAAAAGAAAGUGCUCAGGUAGAAAAAGGGUGGGCGUAUCCUAACUCAGGUGUGGUGCACUUUUCACAUGACUCAGGCAGUCGAGGGCUAAUCUGACAAGUGAGCGUACGUUUGGUGGAAAUAAACCGUCUGGAAUGGAUAACCUUUAAUGGACCUCUGAACACAAUCGCCUUUGUAAUGCCCUCAGCGGUUUAUCUCAGUUCACUGGUUUCCCUGCCAGGAGGACGUGAAGUUAAUGUCCAAACCAGGAGAUGAGGAGGAAGACAUUGCACCUGCUCAACAUGUCAAACAUGGGGGAAUACGUGUGCAUGAAAACACAAUAGGAUGUUUCUUCGUGGAUGGUCCUUCUGGUGCGUUUUACUGACACUGUGCUUGUCAGCGAGGGGUUUGGAGAUUUCAGGAUUUCACAGCACGGACGUCAUUUGCUCACAGGAGCUAUCUGGAUGUGUUAUGGAAGACGCUCUUCCUCACACGACUACAGAGGACAAUGUGAAUAUUAGGAAGAUAAAGCCUGAUUUCAAGCUCUGUUGUAAGGACGGGACAACGUGUUCAUUAUGUCUGGUGAUAGACACCGAGUUGGACAUACCUCUGGAUAAAGUCCUGGAGGAUGGAGGUCAUUCUGGGGCUGAUGAGGAGGAUUACGGCGAGGAGAUGAGGAAUCAUAAGGCAUCGGUAACGGUGUGUUACCGUGCAGCAGCCACUUUGGACACAUGCAAGAAGGUGGAGUUUACAGUUAAUUAUACAGCUCUUGCUCACCAAAACCAGGCCAAGGUUUCCAUGGUGAUCACAAGGCCUGAUGGGUUUCCCUACGGCAGUCGUAUACACACGUAUUCACCAAAAGAAAUGUUUACAAGGAAAGAAGUCUCUGCUCCCUCGCUGGAUGAAGUUUGUGCUCAACACCGGCUGCAGAAGCACAUCGCAUUGUGUUCAGUACCUAGAGUGGACAAUGUUAUAAACCGCACAACGAAUCAGAUGGAGCUGCUGUUCGAGGGCAGGAAUGACACUCUUCCAUCUUUGUGUGUCCAGUAUGAGGAGGAUGGAUGUUGUAAGAACUGGAACAAGAUGACCAUCCCACUAUAUUCUUUGGCCCCCUGCAUGUGUCUCCAGGCCUGGGAUGAGGAUGAUCAGAAGUCUAGACGCACUCUGUACUGCCCCUUCAGAAAAACAGAUUUCCCACAUGACUUACGUCAGGCCAUGUGGAAAAACGUGUCAGUGAAUGUGCGUCUGAGCAAAAUGAACGACCAAAGCACGAUGCUGUUGUGGAACCUGACUGCCCCCUGCAGGCUGGAAGGGGAAGUGCGGCUCUGCCACAAAACCGGCAGCUGCAGGGAGGCCAGAAUCCUCAGACAACAACUGGCAAAUGACAAAUGGAGACAAAACAGCAAGGGACUCUGGGAAAAUGAAGGUGCAUUUCCAAACUUCACUGAACAUUUUUCAACGUGUGUUAUGGUGAAAAUAAAAGGAAUGGAACAUGAGUUUGGUCCUGUCUGUUUUCAUGGCACUGCUAGAUCGCACUGGAGUCUCCUGGUCGUCUGUGUUAUGCUGCUUGUUUGCUUGACUGCGCUCGCAAUUUAUUUCCUCCAUGAUGUUGUCAAGAAAUGUGUGUGGAGCUGGCAUCAUGGUGGGUGUGUGAAGAUUGGCAGAAAGGGUCACAUAGUCCUGCUGAGUCCUCCAGACGUGGAUGACGGUGUUUCUGAAGCAGUGUGUCAGCUUGGCUCCUUCCUCUGCAGCCAGGGCUUCAGCGUCUCUGUGGAUCAGUGGAGCAGGAAGGAGCAGUGCACUCUGGGACCCCUGACAUGGCUGCACUCGCAGCUGCUGAAGCUAGACAGCAUGGGUGGCCGGGUGUUGCUUGUUUUGACCCACAAAGCCUCAGAGAGAACAGAAGAGUGGACUCAUUGGAGCAAAAAUGAAGAAGUGAAGAAUUCACAAGAGCUGAAGUCUCCUUACUCUGAUCUGUUUUCUGGCUCGCUGGUCCUCAUUCAGGCAAACAGGCAGCUGGGCAGGGCCGAUGAACGUUUUGUUUUGGUGAAAUUUGACUCCCACCCAACGCAGCGUCACAACGGUGACAAAAGCCUACCAGGGCUGCUUCAAGGACUGCCGCUGUUCCAGCUCCCCUCUCAGACUCAAUCGCUCCUGUCGGAGCUGACUGUCGUACAAGAGACAGGAUCAAGUGGAAAGACAUGGACAGGGUGGAGGUGGGGUACCUGAGACAAAUGGAGAUUAAAAAGACUUAAUAUAAAUAUAUUGCGUUGGAUGCGGAAUCAUCCAUAAAUACUAUAAUUAAAAGUAUUGUUGAAAUGUGCAAAUGUACGACGGAGUAUUAGGGCCAAACUAAGACAAAAAAAAAUUGGAAAUUACGAGAAUAAAGUCAUAAUAUAAUGAGAAUAAA